AUAAGUCGGUGAGGGUAACAUGCGUUCACCUUUAUAUAAACGUAGACCGGGUAAAGCGAGGGAGAGUGAUUUAAGAACCCUGCCGGCAGUCGAGAAAAAUAGUUGAAUUUAUGUUGAUCCAGCGAUAGCAUUAUUUCAACAUCUUCUGGCAUUCACUUAGAAGCCCUCCCUCGCAUGAGCCCGACAAGCAUACCCGAUGCUGCUCACGGCGGCCAGCCCUCCCAUACUGAUUAUGAGAAGCAUCCUGUUGCAGUAAGAGCAGCAAUAUGUGUGGCUUUUGCCUUCCUAAUCUGCCUCUUAUUGUACAUGCUUGGGUGGGGGCAAAUCAGGAAAACGCGACAUCCGGUGCCACCACCUGUCCCACAGCCGGAUCAUACCCAGUAUCAGCACAAUCGUAACGUGAACGAGGGACCCGGGAUACCGAAGCCAGCGACGCUAACCUGCCGCAAACUCAGCUUAACGGCCGAGGGCGCAGAUGCUAGACCUUGCCCUGUUUGCCUGGAUGACUUCGCCGCCGGGACAGUGGCCGCGCGAUUGCCUUGCGGCCAUGUCUUCUGCUCUGCGUGUAUCGAGCACUGGGUCUCCAACCAUGCCUUCACAUGCCCCAUGUGUCGGUUCAACCUUGAGACAGGCUCGGCUCAUGUAAAGGAUUGGCAGCACUGAUCAAGCGGCAUGGGAUUAACGUAAAGAUACUAGCCUCGUAUCCAUUGGCAGACUACGUGGCUCCAUCUACAAUGCCUACAUCAAAUAGCGAAGCCCGCCGAGGCUGUUUGCAUUGUAUAUACAAAGGACUGGAAAACAUGUACAACAGAAAGUAUGACUCUUCGAUCACGAAUCGCCAUCUCGAUACAAUAACAAUUGUUUCCAUGGCCGUGCCAUUUUGGGUGUUCCCAGAUACCAGCCCUAGAAGAAGGCCUCUGCCUCACGACCGUACUCAUUUGCCUCCUCACAAAAAGGCUGGG